AUGACGGCGCCCCCGGCGUCCGGUCCGGUCGCCUCAACAACACCUCGGCCCCAGACGGCCCCGGAGGCGGCCGCGGCGGGCGGCAACCAGGCCGGUUCGGAGAACUUUUGGGUCGGCGUGCGCGUGAGGCCGCACCUGAGGGCCGAGAGGGAGGAGGAGCUCGUGUGGGAGUGCGAGGAAAACGAGACGGAAAUCUCCUUCUGCGGCCGGGUCGAGAAAAAGGACAAAUACCUCCCGAAAUCCUACGCGUUCGACAGGGUGUUCGCGCCGCAAUGCCCGACCGCGGACGUGUACCAGGCGGCGGCGCGGAACCUCGUGCUCUCCGCGAUGGAGGGCGUCAACGGCAUCGUCUUCGCGUACGGUCAGACCGGCUCCGGCAAGACGUUCACUAUGCGCGGCGUCAUGACGCAGGCCGUGCAGGAGGUGUUCGCGGCGAUCCACGCGACGCCGCGGCGGGAGUUCCUGCUCCGCGUGAGCGCGCUCGAGAUCUACAACGAGGUCGUGAAGGACCUGCUCGUCGGCGACGCGGCCACCGCGCCGCCGCUGCGUUUGCUGGACGACCCGCGGCAGGGCGUGCAGGUCGAGGGGCUGUCCGAGGUGGGCGUGUCGUCGGAGCAGGAGCUCGCGCACCUGCUGCGCCAGGCGGAGAAGCGCCGGCACGUCCGCGACACCGGCGCCAACGCGUCCUCCUCGCGCUCCCACCAGGUUGUGCGGCUCUACGUGGAGUCGCGCCCCGGCGGUCCGGGGUCGGGAGCGACGCCGACCGCGACCCCGCGCGCGCACUCCGCGAGCCAGACGCCGCGGUCCGGCGUCCCGAAGCUGCCGCUCGGCGCGACGGACCUCGACGGCAUGGAGGACGCCGCGGACGCCGCGCGCGACGGCCCGAAGGGCGACGUCAUAUCUUCCAGGUUAUACUUCGUGGACCUGGCGGGGUCCGAGCGCGCGCGCACGGCGGAGAUCGGGGACCAGAUGGACUCGGCGCGGCUGAAGGAGGGGUCGCACAUCAACCGCUCGCUCCUCACGCUCGGGAGCAUCAUCCGCGAGCUCAGCAACGGCAACGGGCGCGGGCACGUGCCCUACCGCAACUCGAAGCUGACGCGGAUCCUGCAGCCCUCGCUGUCCGGGAACGGCCGCACGGCGAUCAUCUGCACCGUCGCGCCGGAGGCGUCGCAGGCCGACAACACGCGCAACACGCUGCACUUUGCGCAGACGGCCAAGAAGGUCACCACGCGGCCCAUGGUCAACCGCGUCGUCGACAGCGAGGCCGUCAUGCGCAAGCUGCGCAGGGAGAUCGGGGAGCUCCGGCGCCAGCUCGCCGUGUACGAGGACGAGGGCUCGCUCACCUCGCGGCUGCUGGAUGCGCAGAAUACGGCGCGGCUGACGGCGGAGCAGAGGGACGCCGCGCACCGCCGGCUGCGGAACCUCGAGCGGCUCAUCCUGCGCGCGCCGCCGGGCACGAUCAAGCGGCGCGCGUCGUGGUCGCCCGGGAACACGCCCGUGCACGUGCGGGAGGCGGAAGCCGCGGUGGAUGCGGGGGGUGUCUCGCCGCCGCACGGGGGGUCCCCGGCGAACCUCUCGAACGUCCAGACGGCCGCGCUGCACGGCGCGUCGCGCCGCGGAGGCGCCGCCGCGGGUCUGCGCCGCUCGUGGAACCCGGGCGACACACUGAACGCGGCGGCCCUGCGAGCGGGCGCACGCGGCGGCGCGUUCCGGUCCCCGCUGGCGGCGCUGUCGGACGACUCGUCCGACGACGGGUCCGACGAGGACGGGCGCGCGGGCGGGCAGCGCGCCGGCAACGCGUCCGUGCGGCGCCGCCUCUUCCCCGGAACAUUCUUCCUUGACAUCUUCUUGACUCCUGACGUGCAGAGGCGAAUGAGGCGCCUCGGGGCGUCGAACGAGGGCCCCGUCCCCCACGUAGCCCGGCACGCGUCGGGGUCGAUCUCGACGCCGUCCGCGGGGCAGUCCCCCGCGCGUUACGGCGCCGCGGAGGACGACAUCGAUGACGAGGAUGACGGGGGGUCGAAUCGCGUGGGGCGCACCGGGCUGCCGCGGGACCUCGCGGCGAACGCCGCGGCGGCGCUGGUGCAGACGACGCAGCUCGGGGACGCGGAGAAAGAGGCGCUGCAGGCGCUGCAGGCGGAGGUGCGGUGUAUGAAGCACAGCAGGGUGCGCAGCUGGGCUCCUGACACGAGUUUGACGCAGGCGGCGGCGGCGCGGGGCGCGCGGACGCCGGGGAGGCUCAGUCGGCAGCCGAGCGGCGCGGCCGAGGGCGGGACGCCCGCGGACCAGCAGCAGCGCGAGCGCAUUCGGGCUUUGGAGAUGGAGGUGGAGCGCAUGGAACAAGAGAGGGUGAUUGGAGAGUUCCUGGACAAGACGCACGAGUCGACGAUCGAGGCGCUCCGCAGCGAGCUGCACCGGCUGCAGCUCGCGCAGCACGCCGAGGCGACCGCGUCGCGCGCGCUGGCGUCCCUGCAGCAGAAGAUCACGCGGGGGGUGUCCAUGUCGCUGACGCCGUCGCAGCUGCCGUCGCUCGCGGGCGGCUGCGGGCCGGGCAACACGCCGCUCUCGCCCGGCGGCGUGUCCGGCCGGUCGUGCUCCGUGCAGUGGCCCGCCGCAAUGAUUGAUCGCACACGCUCGAACGUGACGGAGGCCGCGUCGCCGCUGCACCGGCAGCUGCACGGCGCCGGUGCGUCGCAGACGAGCGGCGGAGAGGCGUCGUUCGGGGUCGCGCCGCCACGUGGGGCGUACGGGGACGCGCGCACGUCGGAGGGGGGGGGGUCGGGGGCCAGCGUGGUGAUCUACAGCGCGGAGGGGGGGGGUGUUGCUGCGGACGACGCGGAGGGCGUCGGCGACAGCAUGGAGUUCCUCGAGCGGUCGCCGCGGAGCGCGCUCGUGUUCGCGCCGCUCACCGCGGCCGCGCGGGGCCGCCCGGCACACGGCGCGGAGGCGGAGGCGGGCGGCGGGGCGGCGACGCCGAUGCUCGCGGAGUCCCCGACGGCGGCCGCGGUCGCGGCCUUCGCGGGGCUGCGCGGCGCGCGCCGGGCGGACCUGCUCAGCCCCUCGGAGGGGGACUGUCCGGCGACGAGUCAGGACGCGGGGGGUGUGUUGCGGGACUCGACGAACCGCUCGCCGAAGGCAGGCCCGAAGGUUCUGGACGCGUGCUCGGUCGGGGGCUCCGUGAGCGCGGGGCGCUGGGACGCGGAGGGGGGUCUCGACGGGCCCGUGUUGGACAACACCCCCAGCAACGUCCCGACACCCCCCGGGGAGGACCCGUGGGCGGCGGCGCAGGGGUGGUACGAGCGGCAGCUCGCGCAGGCGCAGGAGGACAUCCAGAAGUCCUUCGAGGCCGACUUCUCGUCCAUCAAACAGGCAUUCACGGACUUCAACGAACAAAUAGCAAGACUCGAAUGCCAGAAGCGGCUGCUCCUCAACCAGGUCAUCCGGCUGGAGAUGGAGGCCGAGGACGCGGCGUCGCGCGAGCGCAAGCUGCAGCGGCAGGCGAAGAAGCGGGAGAUGCAGCUGGCGGACGCGAAGCAACGGGCGUCGAUGGCGGCGGCGGCGGCGAGCGUGCUGCAGCGGGAGCGCGAGCGCGAGCGCGAGCAGGGCGGCGGGAAGCUCGGCGGCGUCGCGGAGGAGGGCGCGGGCGGCGAGGCGGACUGGAUGGAGGACCCGUGGGGGGAGUCCCGGCCCGACGACGAGUCGUGGGCGCUGGCGCCGUCGGCGGCGACGCUGAUGCCGCGGAUCCUGCGGCUGUGGGAGGAGCUGCACACGCCGCUCGUGCACCGCUCGCGGUUCGUCCUGGGGUUCCGCGGGAAGGAGACGUUCUACUUUGAGGUAGAACACCGGCGCCUGACGUGGGAGCGGUCCAAGCUGGACGGGCCGGGGCCGGAGGCGCGGGAGGCGCGCCGGGCGCUGCAGCACGCGGCGACGGUGCUCGAGGAGGAGCGCAAGUGGCUCGCGGGGGAGAUCCGCCGGCGGUACCCGCGCGGCGAGGCGCGCGACCAGCUGUACCGCUCCUUCGGCGUCGACCUGUCGGACAAGAACCGCAAGGUACAACUGACAGCGAGGCUCUGGAGUCGGACCACGACCUCCGACGCCGCGGGCGUGCACGCGACGUGCCGGCUCGUCCUGCGGCUGUACGGCGAGCGCCCGAGCGACCACAUGUUCGAGGCGGUCUUCAACAGCAGCCGCGCGGACGAGGCAAAGCCGCGCCGUGCGGGGUGGCUAGCGAAGCUCCUCCCCAUGUUCGGGUGA